GUCCUGCGUCGCAUUCGAACGAGUUUUGUACGAAAGGCCAAUCGAAAACGUACGAAUUUUCGACGUAAAUUUGACAAGAUCCGCUUAUUUCAGUGUUCGUCACAAACAUCACGUAGGCCAAGCUCUUCCGUUCACCAUUCAUUUCAAGUGGUUCUACGAGGAGUAGCGAGAAUUUGAUAAAAAAAAUGCCAGACGUUUUGUGUUCAAUUUGUUAUGAUUCACUUGUUCAAAAGGAAGACGAUAUUUUGAUAACCGAGUGUGGUCAUUUGUAUCAUAGCAAGUGCUUAUCAAAGUGGCGUCCCAAAGGUUGUGCUGAAUGUCGCGCCGAUAUUUCCGUCACGAAGAAGGUAUUUCUGUUCUAUAUGGAUCUUGAAUGUGCUGACAUUCCAAUUUCAGCUGACAUUCUCAUGAAAACCAACGCAAACCUCCUCGAUCAACUGACGGAAAAUGCGGAAGAAAUGGAAAAUCUGGUGGCGACAUGUUCAGCACUUGAAUUGCAAACAUGUUCAAUGCAAAAAGAGUGUGAUGACAAAAGAGCGAAAAUUCGAAGUAUGGAAAAAGUAGUCGCUGCACGCAACAAAACCAUCACAUCAAAGGAACAAGACCUGCGAUUGCUGCAAUGCCAAGUGAAAGAUCUCAAAACGGAAAAUGGCGCGUUGAAAAAGAGCAACCACGAAUUGGCAACGCAAUUGAAAGAUCAAAAGGCUGUCGAGACAAAGAUGAAAAAUAUCAUGGCGGAAAAUCAACGCCUUCGACAUCUCUUAGAUACGAAACCGGCUCCAAAUGUUAAUUCAUCCGGUGACAACGCCAACACGAAGAAAAAGGGCAAAUAGGCAAAAUUCGCAAUUUAAAAUCAUUCAAUUUUAAGAGUUUGUAAUUCAAAACGAUCGGAUGUAUGAUUAUUCAUACAAACGUUUUAUCGUUUUAACCUUUUUUUUUCUUCUUUAAAAUUCUUUAUGAGAACUGUCGCAAAUCAUUUGUAUUUCACAUGGUGUUCUGGCCGCCGUUUUAUGACUUUCAAAAACCAUUUUGUAUGCAUGCCGAAAAAAAUUAGUUUUAAAACAUUUUAUUAUGAAUGUAAUUUGCCACGCUUAAUAACCGAAAAAAAUGAAUUAUUGCCUUUUCCAAGAAGAAGUUUGCAUAAAUGCGGGUGUGUUUCAUCGUCAUUGCUCUCUUCAUUCAAUAGCAUCAUUUUAUUUGUGUAUAUGUUAACGCUGCAUUACCGCAUGGGGACAAAAACGUACCUCGACAGUAAAAAUAAAAAUAAAAAUAAAAUUCUCUUGAGUCAAACCAAGACAAAAAUCACAAUAUAGCGAAGAAUUUCAUGAAAUACAAGACAAUUUCAAAUGAAUAAAGACAACCGAGCAAAUUCCAAGUACUUGUGCUAAUUAUUUGAUUAUUUUUAUUCGAAUCUUUGAAGCAAUAAAUAAACAAUGAUCUGAUAAAAUCUCAUGCACUUUAUCAGCUUAAGUGAAA